AUGGCAGCUGCCGCGUGGUGGGACGGCAGAGAGGAAGAGAGAGAUGGAGCGGCCGCGAGGAGAGGGCUCGAGGAGCCUUUGCGCGAAUGCACGUGGAGCGACGGGGAAGGAAAAGGUGCCGCGGAAGGCGAAGAGCGAGAGAAAGAUGAGACAAGACACACAGAGGGCGAGAGAGAUCUCGACGCUGUCGACGGCCCGCAGCCUGCUCGGGGCGCGUGGUUUCUCAGGAAUUUUUCUUUGCGGCGUCGCCUCGGACUGAUCCCCGGAGCAAGCAGCGACGCAGGAAACGAAGCUCACCAACUCAGUUACCCGUUCUCUUCUUCUUUCUCUUCUUCUCUCUCUUCUUCCCACUCUUCGCAGAGGCCCCGGGGGGUUGCGGUCCGACCCGGCUCCGCGUCUCCGCGGUCUUUGCACGCCCGUUCCGAGGUGAAACGCGCGGCUCUUCUCGCGCCUUUCGCUUCGCUUCGACGGCAACUGGUGCCUGCCGCUCUCUUGCGACUCGAGACGCGCCGAAACCGUCUAGACGGGAACAGAGAAGAAGAAAAAAGCCGAGGGAGCGAGAGACGACCCGCGAGAGAAGGGAGAGACGAGGAAGGAGAAGACAGAGAGAGGCGGGAAGAGCCCGGUGGCAACGCACAGGAGCCAGCAUGUUUGCGGAGCGCUGAAGGCGGGCGUACGGUGGGUCGGUCUCCCUCUCUGGAGAGUGUUUCGGCGUCUGCUCGUCCGGAGGUAGAAUUCGGGAGACGAGUGGAGGGAAGCGAAAGAAGAGGGGAGGCGGAAGAAUGCGGUCUCGUGUGUCUCGCUUCUUCGCCGUCUGAGAGGAAGGGCGAGCAGCCGCGUGGUGACGCGAAGGUAGCAGGAAGCGCAGGGAGGGCGAGCGGCGAAGGCGACCGGCGAAGCAGCGGCGAGAGAGAAGAGGAGUUGCAGGGAACCCAAAUGAAGGUCGAGGAACAGCGGGAGGCUCUGGAAGUCGCGGAGGCAGCGCUCAAACUGGCCAGAGAAAGAAUUCGGAACCUGGAGCGAGACAAUGCUUCUCUGCGGACUCGCAGGUAUUACGUUCUUUCUCUCCAUUCGACACACAAGGAGGGCGGACGCAGAGCGAACAAACGGGAAAGAGGGAACCCUAUUCCUCAGCCGGGGCACGCAGGCGCUGCGUCAAGGCUCUCUCCAAUGCAGCGUGUGCGAGGUCCGAGCAACGAACAAGAGGAGGAAGAGAGAGGAGCAGAAGAGAGAGAAAGCGACGACGAGGGGCGAGAGGCAGACGCCGAGGGAGAGGAGUGUAGACAGGCAGGCAGGUCAGGGAGACGGGCGGAUGCAUUAGAACAGAAGCUUCGACUUUAUCAGCGACAACUGCUGUUUAUAUCUCAGGAAAACCAACGCCUGCGGGAUGUUUUGGCGGAAACCCGCACACAACAGCGACGCGCGAAAGCCGAAGAGAGACGAAAGGAGAAGGCGUCGAUCGCCGAGGUUCCUGAUGUGUGCACCUACGUUGUGAGUCGUCCACAGUUCGAGCUCUAG